UCAGGGCCAGGCUUCAGGAAAAGUGUCUUAGGUCCCAGGAGCAUCUUCUGAGUCUCAUUCUACCAUGAAGCUUACCACCACCUUUCUAGUGUUCUGUGUGGCUCUGCUCAGUGACUCUGCUUCUUCUCUUCACCUACCAGCCUGAGGGCUUAUUCAAGGGCCAGCCCUGGAUUGACACCAUCUGUUCUCAACCUGGUUAAUGUCCCCUCAGUCAGCAAGGCACAGUGUUGCUUUCUUCGUGAAUUCAUUGGCCAAACCUGCGGUAGAACCCGUGGCUGCCCUUGCUCCAGCUGCAGAGGCUGUGGCAGGGGCUGUGCCUAGCCUACCAUUAAGCCAUUUGACCAUCCUGAAGUUCAUCCUGGCCAGCCUGGGCAUCCCAUUGGAUCCUCUCAUAGAGGGUUCCCAGAAGUGUGUCACCGAGCUGGGCCCUGAGGCUGUAGGAGCUGUGAAGUCACUGCUGGGGGCCCUGACAAUGUUCGGUUGAGGUGACCCUGGAAAAAUUUUGCCUGACAAGAUGUUACUCUUCAACAGGAGCUGGAAACCCUGCUUCUCACACCUGUCCUCUCUACCUUAAUAAACACAGCCAGAGCAGC